GUUUUAGCUCUGAAACGGUAUUGACGGUCUUUAAGCUAAACUACGCGCACACUUUUUUCAUUUCAACAAUUUGCUAAGCAAAAAAAAGAUACAAAAUACAAGUGUUGGAAAAUAGCAUCACAUCAAUAACAACAACAUGCUUAUUGUUCAACUGUCACCUAUUUUCAACGAGAAUUUUUAUUAAAUUAUCCUUAACUCGACUAAAGUAUAACAAAAAGAAACAACGUUUAAAACAUCUAUAGGGAAAUUUGAAAUGUCAGAAAAAGUGUUUUCAUUAAAUCUCGUUUCCAAAAAUAAUGUAGAAAUAAGAAAAAAUACAUGAUUUUGUUAAAAAUUUAAGAAAAUUUAAAUGUGAGUACCAUUAACAAUGGAGAAAAGUGCGUGAGUGUGUAAAAAAAUUGGAAAAAUAAAAAUUUAUGCAAAGUGAAAAAUUUGAGAAAAUUUUUUAAAUAAUUAAAUGUUUUUUAGUGUAAUUAACGCUUAACGUUUACUAACGUUUUUCAGAGCUUUUAACAAUUUUAACGGUCGCGUUUAAGUGUAUGUGUGUGUUUCAACAUGUCGCAAGAUGAUUAAAUUGUCAUUAACUUUUUCCCAUGGUGGACUCUAAGAAAUGCCUGCCUGCUGCUUUAAAUAAAAAAGAAAAAUUUAAUAAAGAUUUUAAAGUGAAAAAGGAAAAGAAAAAGUUUUUUUUCGGCUAGUAAAACAAAACAAACAAAAACCAAAAAUAAAAUAAAUUAAGUGAGUAGUGAGUGAGUGAAUGAGUGACACAAGUGUUUAUAAACGUUGAGCGUAGCACGUUUAUGGGGCUUAAUUAGCAGCACACAGAUAGUUUCAGCUGAUGUAAGCAUUAAAUCAAAACGCCUGCACAAAACACAAACAUAAGGAGGAAAAGAACAAAACAAAGCAUACAACAAAUUGAAAUAAAUCCUUACAGAAUAGACAAAACUCGUAUACUGGUCACAAACCCAGCAAGAUAUUUUAUUGAACUGUCUGUCAGCCCAAACAAACUAACCAACCCACCCACCCAUAUAACGGGUUUCAUUCAUGCUCUUAUAUAAACAUCUUUUUUAGAACAUCACAUCCCAGUGUGCAAUGUACAUGUAUGCGUGGCUGCUUGCGUGCCUGCCACAGUGUGUGAAUGAGUUUGUAUGAGUGUGUGUGUAUGUAUGAGUAUUUAUAGAAUCCAAGACGACAGACAAAGGACCCCCACAUGAGUCGAUGAUAUUUGUUGUUGUUGAUUUGUAAUGUGCACAAGUAUUGGUAAUGGUAUUAUAACAAUUUAAUGUUAUGCGUUUGUUGCCAAGGAUAUAUCAUCUCAAAUAAAAAGGAACAAACAGCAACAACAACAAUUACAGCAGCAUCAUAAAAAUAGAAAAUAUUGAAAGAGAAGAAAAUGAUUUACAAAUUGAAAUGUUUAUAAAAAGGCGUUUUUAUGGCCAAAAAACAGCACAAAAUCAUCAGCCGCUAAACGUAUGAAAAUUUCAGGCUAACUGAAUUUGGUUGGUUGGCCGUUCGGUCAAUGGCCCCUUUUUUUAAUCAUUGACAACUACUACUACUAUUGCAACUCCUUCUACUAUUGCUGCCUUACAAACAGCAACUAACUGCCCCUUGGCUCAUCAUCAACAUUAUACUGUGUAACUCAGUUUUUCCAUGCACAUACAUACAGCAACUGUAUGGAUGGACCCAGUAAAGUAAUCCUAAAUAAUACAGAAAAUUGUAAGAAAAAAAAGCAUAAAAAGGAAUUCUUAAUAAAAUGUCAGAAAUGCCAACAGCAUCGACAUUUCAAUUUUAAAUGUGUGUAUGAAUGAGUGCGCUAUUUUUAUUUUCGCCCAAAAUCACAGGAAACAAACAAAAAAGCGAAAAAAAACGAAAAAGAUAACUAACGAAAAGUUUUCCGAAAAACAAAUAUUACAACUUGAUCAUAAAAGGACACAAACUAGAGCAACAAUUGCACAAAAAAAAAACAAAAACAAAUUUGAACAGCCAAAAACAAACUGACAACCAGUAAUAAUGUUUUCAUCAACACAAAUCAUUUUGUGUUGCUCUUAGCGCUGCAAAAAAUAAAUAAUUGUUUAACAAAAAAUCCCCCCUCCCCAAAAAAAAAAAAAGAAUUUAAUUAAAACAACAACCCCACUUUACAACUCGACUACUCUACUCUCGACUCUUUAACAUAUUUUCAACAACCAAAACAAUUAUACUUUGACCAAAUUAUAUACCAAAAAAAAAAAGGAAAUAAAAAACCCAAAUUAUAAAUAAAAUCUAAAAGAAACAAAAUAUAUUUAAAUUUAUUAAAAAAAAAAACAGAAAAUGCAAAAAAUAAUAACCCAACAAUCAUUGAACUCUUCUACUGUUGUGGUGGUGGUGGCGGCUGAUGUCUUUAGCAAAAUGAAAUUAAAAGAUCCUUUGGAAACGCCUUUCAAGUUACAAAAAACGGAUGUUGCUGUUGUAGCUGCUUCUGCCCCCAGCAAUAUAUGUCAACAUUGUCAUCGUCUUUAUCAGGAAAAGCAUUAUCAGCAACAUAACGAACGUCAUCAUCAUCAUCAUCACCAACAACAACAGAAACACCAACAUCAUCAGCAGCAUCAACAUCAGCAUCACCAUCAUCGCUAUCGCCAGUCAACAGCAGCAAUACAUUGGAUUAAAAAUCUUCAUUUCGUCUGGUUUGUGAUAACAUCCUUAUUAACUGCACAUCUGCCGGGAUAUUGUUGUGGUCAACAGCAGAAAUUCCGUGUGACACCGCAUGAUUUACAAGUGCUGGAAGGUGCUGAGGCCAUGUUGCGUUGUGAAGUUACAAAUUUAGCCGGUGCUGUGCAAUGGACAAAAGAUGGUUUUGCGCUGGGGUUUUCAGCGGUAAUACCGGGAUUUCCCCGUUACUCGGUAUUGGGUGAUCGCAAACAGGGUGCUUACAAUUUAAGAAUAUCGAAUGCCUCCAUAACCGAUGAUGCUGAAUACCAGUGUCAAGUGGGUCCCGCCCGUUUAAAUUCGGCCAUACGUGCUAAUGCCAAACUCACUGUUAUAUCCCCACCUUCAUCUAUUGAAAUUAAGGGUUAUACGAACAACGCCAAAGUGGAGGUUCGAGAAAAUCAAGACUUAACCUUAAAGUGUAUUGUAUCAAAUUCAAAACCUGCCGCACAAAUUGUCUGGUAUCGAGGAAACGUAGAGUACAAACCGGAAAAUCGCAACGAUAAAGUCGAGGAGACAACACCAAAACGUUUUACCACCACCUCAAGUUUAAAAUUGAAACCCACUGCCGAUGACGAUUACACGGAGUAUACAUGCCAAGCGAAGCAUAAAGCUUUGGCGCCUGAUAUGCCCAUGCGUUCCACAGUACAACUGUCCGUUUUAUAUCCCCCUGGCCCACCAUAUAUUGAAGGUUAUACACAAGGCGAAACCUUAAGACGAGGACAAACUGUGGAAUUAAUUUGUCGCAGUAGAGGAGGAAAUCCACCAGCUCAAUUAAUAUGGUACAAAAAUGGUUCACAAAUUCGUAUGGCUUAUAGAACGUCAGGACGUUUGUCGGAGAACAUUUAUACGUUUACAGCAGAGGCUAGCGACAACAAGGCUCGAUUUAGGUGUGAAGCCAGCAACGUCAUGUCACAGACACCACUUAAAGCUGAAGUUGAUCUCACAGUUUUAUUUGCUCCAACACAUGUUUCAAUAUCGGGAUCAACGGAGGCACGAGUGGGCGAUGUAGUGCCACUUACAUGCACAACGGCAGCCUCUAAUCCGCCAGCUGAAAUCAAGUGGAUGGUUGGCGGUCGUCAAAUACGAAAUGCGACAUCACGCACCACCGUCAGUCCCGAAGGUGGCUGGAUUACAAUUUCAAAUAUAACGGCUGUCAUUGAGCCCAACAAACGUUCGCUGGUUGUCAUCUGUCAUGGUCUCAACAUGCAGUUAACGGAGAAUGUUGUCUCCACCCAUACAGUCAAUGUUUUAUAUCCCCCCAUACCACCCAUAAUUUCCGGUUACAUAGAAGGACAAAUAAUACCGGCCGGUUCGGUACAGAAACUUUUGUGUGUUUCUUCUGGUGGAAAUCCUUUAGCUACACUAACUUGGUACAAAAACGAUAAAAGGAUAAAUUCCGUAAUACGCACUGCCGACAAGUCUGUUUCAGCUGAAAUAACAAUUCUGGCAAAUGUAACCGAUAAUCAAGCUCAAUAUCGUUGUGAGGCAUCAAAUAGUGCCACUGAAAUACCACUUUUCGAAUCAACCACAUUGAGCGUGCACUUUGCCCCCGAAACCGUCAAGAUACGCAUUGAACCGGAAGAAUUGAAACCAGGCAUAGAGGCGACUAUAAUUUGUGAUUCUAGUUCUAGCAAUCCACCUGCUAAAUUAUCCUGGUGGAAGGAUGGCAUACCAAUUGAGGGUAUAAAUAAUACGUCUAAGCCUGGUCUUUGGGGUGGUACCGUCUCAACGUUGGAAUUUAAAGUAAACAUCACACAGGAAAUGAACGGCAUAGUUUACACAUGUCAAAGUGCCAACGAGGCACUACAGCGUAGUGUUCAUGAAGCCAUAAGCCUGGAUGUGCUGUAUCGUCCCAAAUUUGUGCCACCACCUUCGUCGACGGCGGUCGGUGUAGAGGGUGAAUCACUGCUGGUUGCCUUGCAGGCCAAUGCCAAUCCCAUGUCAAUUACUUACACUUGGUCAAGAGAUGGUCAAACAAUACCCAGUGCAGUUAAUGGGGCAGAGCCACGCAUCUUUGCCGAUGGCUCCAAGUUGAAUUUUACAAAAUUGCAUCGCAAUGAUGCCGGGCUGUAUGUGUGUGAGGCACGCAAUUCCCAAGGCACAGCUCGCAUUAAUGUCAGCGUGGUAGUGGAAUAUGGCACCACCAUCAAAUCGGUUUCAGAAAAUGUCAUUGUCAAUCCCGGCGAAGAUGCCAUGUUGUCGUGUACGGUAGAGGGUAAACCUCUAACGGAGGAUCACGUAAAGUGGGAAAGAUUGGGCUAUGAUAUGACCAUAAAAACCUCAUCAACAUUUGCCAAUGGCACCUCGUAUCUACACAUUAAAGAUGCUCAACGUGAAGAUGUUGGUAAUUUCCGUUGCAUUGCUGAUAAUCGUGUUGCCAAUCCCACUAGUCGCGAUGUUUUGCUGAUAGUCAAAUUUGCACCGGAAAUUGAUAAAUCACCCACUCUGCUGCGAGCUGCCAGUGGCACAGGUGAACGUGGCCGUUUGCCUUGUCGUGCUCAGUCAUCACCCAAACCCAAGUUUAUAUGGCGCCAAGAGGGUAAAGAUUUGCCAGUUAAUCGUUCCUAUAAAUACGAAGUAGAAGAAAAGAAAAUCGACUCUCUGACGUACGAGUCAAUAUUGAUUGUAGAAAAAGUAGCACCUGCCGAUUAUGGAGCCUACGAAUGUGUGGCAAAAAAUGAUCUGGGCCAAGCAAUUGAGACGGUACGUUUGGAUAUAACUUCACAGCCCGAUACACCUUUAAGCUUGAACAUCUUAAAUGUCACCCACGACUCUGUGACAGUAGCCUGGACGCCGGGCUUUGAUGGAGGUCUAAAGGCUUCUUAUAGAGUACGUUUUAGAGAGGCAAAUCGUGAACAAUACAAAUAUAUUGAUGGUCUACCAAACAGUCAUAAACUCACCAUAAAUGGCCUAAAAAUGAAUACAUUGUAUCUAUUUUCGGUAAUGGCAUACAAUGAUUUAGGUGAGAGCAAAUACUUGCCUGACCUGCAAAAAGCCCACACAAAAGAAGCACCGCCACCAUCACAGCCAGCUUCAUCAUUGGGUGGACCUCCUACAACGAGUGCCACUCCAUUGGGUGGCACUUCGGGUCUAUUGCUGUUGGUUGGUGUGGCAUCUGGCAUAACAAUAGUGGCUUUGAAUAUACUCAUCAUAGGUUGCUGUCUUCAUAAACGUAAUCAAAAGCGUCUCAAACGAGAAGGUCUAGAAUUGCUACCAGCUGAAUUAACUGAAAAUUCAAAUACACCAAAUCUAGUCAUAAUUGGCAUUUCACUAGCAGCUUUUGGUUUUCUAUUGGUUAAUGCCGCUUUGGUGGCAUGGUUUUUUGUUCAUCAAAGGCGAAAAAAAGCCGAAACAGCAAAUCAACCUGGUAAAACUGCAACUAUUGAAAUGUAUGCACCCAGUUCAUACAAUGACACCGUUACCGGUGAAACCCUGUCAAGUGUUUCCGAAAAAAGUGAAUCGUAUUCGAAUGAUGGCAGUCAAGGAGAUUAUAUUGAUGAAGCUCGUAAAAAGGCAGCCUCAACAUAUCUGGUAGACAAUACAGAUUUACCACCACCCCGUUACCAACAAGAUGGCACAAUGCCAACACUCUAUCCAAAUAAUAUGGUUAAUGCUCGCACAUUGCCACAUCCACGUCAUAAUAAUACUGCAAAUAUAAUGGAUCAUAGAGCACGCGAUGAUCAAAUGUUAAUUAAUAAAGCAGUUUAUAUUCCGUCCCCUUCGCCGGCGCCACCACCAGAUGGCUCAUACUAUAAUAUGAAUAGCGACAGAUAUUUAUCGUAUCCACCAAUGGAUUAUCCCACACAAAUCGAUUUUACCCAACCCAUGUCAAUGGCCCAUCUGCAACCGGUCUCACAAGCCUCCAUGAUAAGCGGUACAAUUUUGACGGCUCAGCCGAUGGGCAACGGUGGUGCUGGCACCUUAAGGCGCGGCAUACUGAAAGGUGUCUCACAAGUGCCACCGCCUGAUGUAACACAUCAUACAACAACAAAUAUGGGAGGAGUACAAUUACUGCACGAUUUACAUCCUCUGAAUAUAUCAUCUACCUCGUCAACACUAACAACCACUUCAAGUUUGGGCAACGGAAGUCUCAUGUCAGUGCCAACAUCGACACCCAAACAGCCACAAAGUAUAUUAAAGGAUCCCAAUCGUAGUAAGCAUCAGCAUCAACAGCAGCCACCGACACUGAUAAAUACCGGUUUGUUGGCCAUGUCAGGACCGCCUGGCAGUUUACAAGUUCUAAAUAUACCAAAUUCGGCCGGCAUUAGUAAUAAUUUACUAAUGACCGCCAGUGCAGCAUAUGAUCCCACAAAUCCACACAGUCUGACAACCUUCAAUACUUCGGGGGCUGCAGUAGCUUUUACUGAUGCCGAUGGUCAUCUCGUAUAGCUGUAGGAUGCCUCACAAGGGGCUCUAUUAACGGUAAUUACUGAAACAUCACAGCCAGCAAAUAACAUGUCAUUACCCCGCUACUGAAAUGAGGCAUCUAGCAAAAACCAAACAAUAAAAACAAGAAAAAACCAUACAUGUAUGAAUGUUUUCAAAAUACUCAUUAAGGAUACAAAACAACAACAACAACAAAAACAUAUAUAUUAUUAGGUAUACUAUAACAACAAGAACACAUGCAUUAAGAAAGGACUACUCUUAGAGAAGUUAAGAUGAAUUUAGUAGAACAAGUGGUCCGUACGUCUGUUCGUGCCCUUGAACUCAACUCAACAGCAUAAAAUAACUACUUACUAGCACCCCAAGUACAGUCUGCUGGUACAAUUGUGAACAAAAUAAUAGCAGUGCUGCAGAAUCAAUAAACUGUACAAUAAUCUGCCAAAAAAAAUUACAAAAAAAAAACAACAAAAAAGUAAGAUGUAUUAAAUAUAUAAAGACAUGUACUGAUUUAUAGUCAAAUUUAAUAAAAAAUUUUUUAGUAUUAAUUUUAUGUAAUUUUUAAGAUACACCUUUAUUUUUGUGCCCACAACUGUAUAAUUAAUACAAUACAAUACGACUUAAUUAAUCUAAUUUAAUGUAAUUAUAAAUCAAGUUUUUCGUAUUUGAUUUCAAUACAAAUUCAUUUCGUUUAUACCAUUUAUGGCAGCUAAUCAAUACUAAUCAAUAAAAUUUUCAUUGUAAGAGAAAUAAAACAAAACAAUUUAAUUUUAUUUAGUUAGAGUUUAUAAGAAUAUUAAAAAACAAAUAAAUAAAAUAAUUAUAAAACAAAUACUAACUCAUUAAUACAUAAAACUAAAACAAAGAGAAAAAAAAUAGUUUAACAACGAAUAAUUUUCUUUAACAAUUAAGUUUCUUUUAAAUAUGAUUUUGUAAUUUAUAAUUAAAUUAAUAUUUUUUUUUUUCAACUCAACAAAAAUCUUUUUUAGUUUUUAGCAAAUACGAAACCAAAAAUAAAUUUAAACAAAAAAAAUAAUAAAAAAUUAAGAAUAUGGCAAAGCCAAUAUAGACAUACAUGAAAAAAAACUUAAAAAAAACAUGAAACCAAUAAUAAUUGACAAAUUAUUUAACCUCACACCACUACAUAAGUAUUUCAAAAGUUUUCAUACAAUUCUCGAAUUCUUUUUGCUAAUUCAAAAGAAAAAAUUCAACUUUUUCUUUGUUUCCGGCAUUUCUACGUCUUCCAAAAACAAAUUGUUCUUUAUUGAAUUUCUAAAAUUUUUAUUGGUGGUUAAGGCUUCAUAUCUUAAGUUAACUCAUUUAUUUUAAUCUUAAAUAUUAAUAAUAAUAAACAAAAAUAUUUAUAAUUUUCAUCAUAUUGAUAUUAUGAUAAUGAAGAAGACUUGUGUUAAUUGUUAAAUUAUGAUCUUCAGAGGCAUAAUUGUUAUAAGUUUUGUAUGAAAUCAUGUUUUUUUCUUAAAUAUUAUUUAAAUUAUUUU